AAAUAAAACUCAACACAACAAAAGGCGAAGCAACUUGUUGUUGUUGUGCUUUCUUCCAUUGACACAUGGCGACGCCUUCCCCGACACCUUCUCCUCCUUCCGACUCAAACCCUAAUCACGCCGCUACUCCGCCGCAUCAAAAUCCACCACCCUCGAACUCCACGGCGAUUCAAACCCCUCCGUCGCCGCAAACCACCGUGGUCGCCUUAGCCGCAUCGACCUCCGCCGUCGCCAGAAAGACCCAACCGGUGCUAUGGACCGAAGACGAGACUCUCCUCCUGAUCGACUCCUACAAGCAGAAGUGGUACGCGGUUGGUAGAGGUCCUCUCAGAUCAAACCAGUGGGAAGAGAUCUCGGUCGCCGUCUCAGGUCGCUCCGGCGUCGAGCGCUCGGCGACGCAGUGUCGGCACAAGAUGGAGAAGUUGCGGAAAAGAUUCAAAGCGGAGAGGCAGAGCAUGGGACCUAUCUCGAUUUGGCCUUUCUAUUCUCAGAUGGAUGAGUUGGAUUGCAAUCCAGCUCCCAUCUCAGCUCGUCCCCUCACACGACUUCCUCCAAGUAAUCACUACGAUGAAGAAGACGAAGACGAAGAAGAAGAUGAGAGACGAAACAAAUCGAGGAGUAUCAAUCACAUAGUGAGAAGACCUGGGACGGUUAACAGAUUCGCAGGGGUUGGUGGAGGAUUGUUGCAGUGGGGACAAAAGGAGAGAUCGAAGAGGAAGAGGACAGAUGAAGGAGGAGGAGGUGGUGAGAGGAGGAUGAAGGGAGCGAGAGCAGUAGCUUAUGAGAUCAGGGCAUUCGCUGAGAAAACAAUGGUGAUGGAGAAGAAGAAGAUGGAGUUUGCCAAGGAGACGUUGAAGCUGCGUAAAGAUAUGGAGAUCAAACGGCUUAAAUUGAUUCAGACUUCUCAGGCUCAGCUUCUUCAGUUUCUCAACACUUCCUUUGCUUCUUUCUAACCUUUUUCAUGAGAGGUUAACCAAUAAAGAUGGUGACAUUGUUGUUGUUAUUCUUCUUCUACUUCAUCUUUUUUCAUUUCUAAGAUGUAACAUAGUUAACUAUGUAAAACUAAUGUCGAGAACUUUUUUUUUUUAUGAA